UAUGGCCCUGGGGGGCGCUGUUUUCCCUGUUCUAAAAUCCAUUCUCCGUGUCUGUCUGCAGUGUGUUGUGUUGCUGUUGCAGCGGAGUCCAUUGUUUGUGUCAGAAACAUGGGGGAAGCUGAGGCCGUUCCUGCGGACGAGAAACAGGCCGACUCUGGGUUAGGUCCUGCAGAUGAGUCGGUAAUAUGGAGCCAAGAGGUGGAAGUGUGCCUCUUUCAUGCCAUGCUGGGUCACAAACCUGUUGGUGUAAACCGUCACUUUCACAUGAUAUGUAUUCGGGACAAGUUCAGUCAGAAUAUUGGCAGACAGGUGUCGUCGAAAGUCAUCUGGGACCACCUUAGUACGAUGUAUGACAUGCAAGCUUUGCAUGAGUCCGAAAUAUUGCCUUUUCCUAAUUCUGAAAAAACCUUUGUGCUACCAGAGGAGAUCAUUCAAGAGGUGAAGGAAGGUAAACUUGUCUCAGAAGAUGAUGUGAAGGAGGAGUUUAAAGAGGAGCGGGAUCCUCCUGCAACGCAUGAAGAAGGUCUGGGUCCCAGUAUGGCCGGCCAGGAUAUUGAGAGGCAGCAACUCCUCGGUGAAGAUGGUGGAGAAGCCAAGCGUCAAGGACAAAGAGAGGGAGCGGGAACGGGAACGGGACCGGCCCGAGAGGGUCCCGGGUGAGGCCGCCCAGCCCAAGGAGGCGGUGGGGGAGAAGAGAAAGAGGAACCGGGCCACCGAAAAGAUGCUCAGCUCCAGCAACCCCUCCAGCCCCGGCGGGGCCAAACGGCGGCGGACGUAGUGUCCCCAAGGUGCCCCGCGCUGGAAGUAGGCCCGAAGCCAGAGACAAAUGUAAGGUGUCCAGACACAGUUAUUUGGGGGGGGGGGGGGGGGGGGGGGGGGGAGCAAGGGGGUAGGCUUGCUGGAGCAACAAGAUCUGUCGGCUGUGAACAGAGGACAGGAGGAUGGGGAAGUGAUGAGUGUGGAAGGUGUGUGGCCUGCACACUCGUGUCGGGGU